AUGGUCACGUCUGCCUCUGUGGAUGGACACGCACCCGUCCUCUUCAGCCCACAGGAGACAACGUGGCCCUAUCGUCGACCGACACCACCAGAUCUCAUGGAUAAUGAUGCAUCAGUAGACUGUUUACUGUCUAUGAUGCACAAGGAGAAGAUCAGCCGACCUUCUCCCCCACCAGCGGUCUCAAUAGACCAAGUACACAAAGUCCUGAGGAAGAUCAACCCCUGCAAGGCAGCAGGACCAGACAACAUCGUAGGAUGGGCCCUUAAAGCAUUUACUAACGAGCUGGCUGAUGUUCUCACUUCCAUCUUCAACCUCUCCCUCAGCCAGAGCAUCGUUCCCACAUGCUUCAAGACCACAACUAUGAUCCCUCUCCCCAAGAAAAGCCCACCGACCUGCCUAAACAACUACAGAGGAGUUGCACUCACUGCAAAGUGUUUUGAGAGAGUGGUGCUGGCCUACAUCCAGAGCAACGUCCCAGACACUCUGGAUCCCCCAAUAGGUCAACAUCAGAUGCUAUCGCUGCUGCCGUUCACUACUUCCUCUCCCACCUGGAAACUAAUGCCUCCUACAUCAGGGUGGUAUUGGUUGAUUGCAGCUCCACCUUCAAGGCUCUCAUCCCUCACAAACUCAUCCACAAACUGUCUACACCCCACCCUAUGUGACUGGCUACAGGACUUUUUGACUGGCAGGUCAACUACCUUAGACACAGGUAGGAUUCGAACCUGCGUUACCUGGUCUCAAGGCGACUGCUCAUCUCACUGA